AGCCCGCCAUUAACUGGUUAAUUAACUGACUGGCUCAUUCGAGAGUCUGUUGACGCCGCCAUCACCACCUCCUCGACCCGUCUGCAUCGACAGCCCCAACUCCCACCCUACACAGCCGAACCAACCAUUCUAGCCAACAAUGACGACUCCCAACUUCGAACUCUACGGCUACUUCCGCUCCUCCUGCUCCGGCCGCCUGCGCAUCGCCUUCCACCUCAAAUCCAUCCCCUACACUCGCCACCCCGUCAACCUCCUCAAGGGCGAACAGCACUCCGACACCUACAAGUCCCUCAAUCCAACCAACACCGUGCCCCUCCUCGUCGUCUCCAACAUCAACAACACCGUCUCCCCAUCCUCCGCCUCCUUCUCCAUCGGCCAAUCCCUCGCCGCACUCGAAUACCUCGAAGAAGCCCUCCCCACCAACGCGCGCCCGCUCCUCCCGCCCAUCUCCAACCCCGUUGCCCGCGCCCACGUCCGCACCAUCUGCAACAUCAUCGCCUGCGACGUCCAGCCCGUCACAAACCUCAAGAUCCAGAAGAAAGUCAAGGCCUUGGACGGCGACCCGACUGUGUGGUCGCGCGAUCUCGCCACGCAGGGGUUCGGUGCGGUGGAGAAGUUGCUCGAGCUCAGUGCGGGGCGAUUCUGCGUCGGUGACGAGAUCACCUUGGCCGAUGUGUGUCUAGUUCCCGCCGUGUGGGCGGCGGAGCGAGUGGGGAUGGACCUGGCCCGGUUUCCUAUCACCAAGAGGGUGUUUGAAGAGAUGCUGAAGGAGGAGGCCGUGCAGAAGGCGCAUUGGCAGAAGCAGGAGGAUACCCCGGAGGAUUUGAGGGCUUAAAUGGGCCAUCUCCUGCGUUUCUUUAUUUUCUUUUACUUCCUUUAUGAUGACGGGGAAAUUUAAAAGGGACCCCCCUCGCUCCAAUUGGAAUCGACGAUGGAUGAGUGGAUUUUCUCAUGUUCUAUAUAACGAUAUUUGCGCGAUCAACACGAGGUCUUUUGAAUCAAUAUGUAACGUUCCAUCUUUAA